AUGAAGGGUAAAGCGGAUGAGAAGCCUAAAACGGUGAUCUGGGAUCACAACAUGUCAACAAUUGCUGUAAUGGGUACUCUCUUCACCAUGGACUCUCGACUAGACGUCGCCACCACUCCAGGCAAUAGGUUUCAUAAAUGUUCUUAUGCUCGACCCCUCUCCUCUUCCGCUCCUGCUCAUACCAGAGACUACUUUAGCUACCUACCCGCUGACAAGAAUGAAAUUUUUGAGGCUUGGGAACUUGUUAUUGAGGGUCUUCAAAUGAGUGAUAGUGGUGCUUACCACUGUCGGCUUACAGGGGAGCAACCUCAGAGUCUUCUCUACCAACUCUCUGUAAAACAAUCUGUAUCUCAAUCCCGCGUAUCUCCAAAGCAAAUAGUCAGGAUAGACGCCCCGCGCUACGCUCGCAGGCAGAGUCCAGCCAACUUCACCUGCUCAAUGCAAGCAACCCAUGACGAGUCGUCUCAAGUCAUUAUUGACUGGUACCGAACUCCUUCGGGUCAUCGCAGUGCAGGAGCACUACGUGUGAUGGAAAGUCAGGCGUGGAAUAAUGUAAGCGUUUACAAGGAGAUUCUUGGCUACUCAAGGGAAGGGCUGCAACUGGAUGCAGUAAUGCAGAUCCAUUCAUGUGAUUACCAACACGCUGGAGUAUACGAGUGUCAGGCGCACCGAAUUGGACAGAACGAAAGAUCAACAAUUUAUGAUUCGCUUACGGUUGAGUUCACGGGUAAGUCACUCCUUCAUGACAAACAUUGGAUAUUAGUAUCUGUUUUACUCCUUCCCACAGCUUUUUCUAGAGUUGCGCUGUCAGACUCACCGACGGUGAAACAGCAGGGACAGAAACGAAUUGAGCAGCAGUGGACUCGAACUCCCCACGCCAAAAAUUGGACCCUCUUUGUGGUGACGUCUCGUAGAACCUCGACGGUCUCUUCUUCGCCCCGUGUCAAUGUUGUUUACGCAGUUCUUUUAUCCUGCCUCCUGUUUCCUAUGCUUAAACACUUGAGGUGA